ACCUGUGUCAAUGGUUAACUCGGGUUCUUGGUGUCUGGAGUUUUCUUUCCUUUAUUAUUAACUAAAGAACAUUUUUACCAUUGCUCAGCUGGGAGCACCCAGCUCAUAGAUCCUCUGCAGGGAGAGUGAAUUAAAAGUGUAAAGAGUGGACACCAUUUCCCAUUCGACAUGGAAUUUGGUCAUGAUCUGCUGUAGCAGCUCGCAAAACGACGCAUGAGGGUACAGACCGAGCAGAACUAGGAGGUUUUAACUGAAAACUUAAAGCAACAAAUAGUGACAGAACUAUUACUCUUGCAAAAUCCACCUGGGUGCCUGGAGGGCAGAGGAAAGAAUGAGCUAUUACGGCAGCAGCUAUCCGAUCGUAAAUGUGGACCCCAAAUACCCGGGCUACCCCCCAGAGCACAUCAUAGCGGAGAAGAGAAGAGCCAGGAGACGUCUGCUCCACAAAGAUGGUAGCUGCAAUGUGUACUUCAAGCACAUUUUUGGAGAAUGGGGGAGCUACGUGGUGGACAUUUUCACUACUCUUGUAGACACCAAGUGGCGCCAUAUGUUUGUGAUUUUCUCUUUAUCUUAUAUUCUCUCCUGGUUGAUAUUUGGCUCUAUCUUUUGGCUAAUUGCCUUUCAUCAUGGUGAUCUGUUAAAUGAUCCGGACAUCACGCCUUGUGUUGACAAUGUCCAUUCCUUCACGGGGGCGUUCUUAUUCUCCCUUGAGACCCAGACCACCAUAGGUUAUGGUUACCGCUGUGUCACCGAAGAAUGCUCCAUGGCAGUGCUCAUGGUGAUCCUUCAGUCCAUCCUGAGCUGCAUCAUAAACACCUUCAUCAUUGGAGCUGCCUUGGCUAAAAUGGCAACUGCUCGAAAGAGAGCCCAAACCAUUCGGUUUAGCUAUUUUGCACUCAUAGGCAUGAGAGAUGGGAAGCUUUGCCUCAUGUGGCGCAUUGGUGAUUUCCGACCCAACCAUGUGGUGGAAGGCACAGUGAGAGCCCAACUUCUCCGCUACACAGAAGACAGUGAAGGGCGGAUGACAAUGGCAUUUAAGGACCUCAAGUUGGUCAAUGACCAGAUCAUCCUUGUCACACCAGUAACUAUCGUUCAUGAGAUUGACCACGAGAGCCCUCUGUAUGCCCUUGACCGAAAAGCAGUGGCCAAAGACAACUUUGAGAUUUUGGUGACAUUUAUCUAUACUGGUGAUUCCACGGGGACUUCCCACCAGUCCAGAAGUUCCUAUGUUCCCCGAGAAAUUCUCUGGGGCCAUAGGUUUAAUGAUGUCCUGGAAGUUAAGAGAAAGUAUUACAAAGUGAACUGCUUACAGUUUGAGGGGAGCGUUGAAGUUUAUGCUCCCUUUUGCAGUGCCAAGCAACUGGACUGGAAAGACCAGCAGCUCCACAACAUGGAAAAAGCCCCCCCAGUCCGAGGAUCUGACACAUCAGACACCACGGUCAGAAGAAGGUCGUUUAGUGCGGUUGCCAUUGUCAGCAGCUGUGAAAACCCCGAGGAGACCCCCACGUCUGCCACGGAUGAGUGUAAGGAAGCCCCUUAUCAGAAAGCUGUCUUGACUUUAAAUAGAAUCUCCGUUGAAUCCCAAAUGUAGUUCAAGUUGUGAUGACAGGGGCUACCACUCCAUCAUGUUACUCUUCACCCUAAGGCAAGUAGUCAUAAACAGGCCUUUUAAGGAAUGUUACAGCUAUGUUCGAUGGUGACAAAGGAUAAGAAGAACAGGUUAAAUCUGGUAAAAGAUUAUCUAAAAAUUACAUAGUAUCCAAUUGUUUAAGCUUUUUUUUUUUUUUUUUUUUGCUAGCAAAUUUUGUAUUAAGGAUGCUAUUAAGAGCCCAAGUAAUUUAAAUUUCAUCUCUUUUUAUUAUAUCACACGCUUGGAUCUUCAAUUGGAAGCAUCAUAUGCAGUAACAGAGAAUAAAGGUAGGAUACUGGAAUACAUAAAAAUAGGAAGACAGGCCGCCAGCAUGGUUAACGGAUUUUUAAAUGUUUCAACGCUGAGGGUAGCGUCCUAGAAAAACAUCAUGUCAUCUAACCAAGAUAUGCCAGAUAGGCAUCCAGCAGAUUGUAACAUUGAGAUAUUUAACUGAAAUCACCUGCCUGGUUCGAUGUUUGCCCCUCAUGGUGUCUUGGUAUCAGCAGAAAAAGGCAGUGGCUGUAAAAAGUAGACACCUGCCACUUGCGCAGGUAAUGAUGGAUGAGUGCUAGAAGUUGUGAUGUUUUGUUUAGUUUUUUCCUGAGCCGAAAGGCAGAAGAAAAGUUGACAUUAUUCAGAAUAAUAUUUCUCUCCUAAAUGCCCUAGUUGACUGCAGCAGAUGGCUUUUUCUGGAAGAGCAGAAAUAAGGCAACAAUGACAUUUCUAAUUUCUCCGGCAAGGGGGCUUCCUAUAUGCCCACCUCCCUUCUUUUCCAAAGACAACAUGAAGAAAUAGGAUCACAGAGAUAGAAUGAGGGAAUAGAUGGCAGUGGUAAACAUUCUCAGACGGUUGGAGAAAAAACCUGUGCUGUGUCCUGAAAGACGGCAGCUGUUGCUGGCUAUUUUUUUAUUUUUUAUUUUUUAUUUUUUAUUUUUUGAGGAGUGGAGAGUAAUGAGGGAAACAGCAAAGGGAAGACAUUUAUUUGUGCCCAGAAGCAGUUGUGUAUGUUUCCUGUCUUGGUCACUUUACAAGACAUCAAUGACUUGAAUUCUAGAUUUUAAGAAACUCUCCCAUUGACCUUGGAACAAUCAUUCAAAUGGCAGAUUCUGUGAAAUAUAAUUAAGGUGAUUCUUAUGCACAUUUGUUAAACGGAUAAACUAAGUGUUAUGGAAUUGCUUAAAUUUUAGGGGAUAUAUUUGUAUGUUCUAUUUCUGUGUUAAAAUAUGUUAAUCGUGAUGACUUUAAGCCAGAUCCCCUAUGAGUAAAGGCACUUUAAGCUUUAUAAAUUGAACAGUUAUUAGCUUCAUUCAGAAUUAUAUGUUUCCUUACUUUUUAGUUUCAUUCAGAAUUAUUUCUAUACCCAUUUUUUUUUUUUUUACAUUGUUGCUGAGCUGGCAAUAAGUAUACACCGCAGUUUUUCCUUUGUUUAUUUUAUUUAAAUAUAUGUACAUACAAAUCGUUUUUUGCUGUUUCUGGAAAGGCUCCCCCCACCCCUCUCCAUUUAAAUGAAAGCACACAAGCAAAUUGAACUGAAUCAUAGAGUCUGCGAUUACCAAAGUAGAAUAUGUAGGUAUGUGAAGGGUUUUUCUUUUUCCAUCCACCCUUCCUUCCCCCCUCCCUUUCUCUCUUUUUUUCUUUUGACUAUGAGCAAUGAAGUUACUUUUUAAAAAAUGCACGUGUGCAAAUCUUUUAUUCCUCUCGUUUUAUGGGUAAGAGAUUUGUUCAGGUCCCAGGCUGUAAAACUGUCCUGAAGCUUAAUGUCAGAGAUCUAAAGAAUGCAUUUAUUUUUUUCUGUCUUGCUUCAGAAAUGUAAAACCCAUUUUUAAAAUUACACAUGCGUUGUAGAUUUGGAUUCUGUAACAGCAAUUACUCAGCUAAAUUAGAGUACCACGGUCUACCAAGUAGAAAUCCGCCACCAGUACAACAGACCUACAUGCCUUUCCCCUGACUUUCUAAGUUUGUUUCACACACAUCUAGGUUCAUUUGACUUUGCUUUGCUUCCUGGACUCUGCUAAUCCAUAAUUCUGGUUUUGUUAGUAUCAGAAUAGAAGCGUCAAUAUCCAAUAAAGACAUUUCACUGUGCUAUGUGCUUCCACCAUCAAAUCCUAUGACCCAGAGUAGAAUGUAAAACCCGAGUUCCCAUGUAACAUGUAACUCUGAUUUUCUGUUUAGAUUUAUAACACACUUUGACACCUUGAUGAGUCAUUAAUAAUAAAGAUCUUAAAGUGAUGCAGAGAUUGUGUGCAUUGGCCUCUAUCUCAGAUUAGCAUAAGUCGUCGAUGUGGUUAGCAUUGGGUACAGGACCGCAAAAAUGAGACUGCAGCCUCACAGGAUUAGAACGUAGGCAGAAUUACAAAGCAUUUUUAUGAGUUUUUAGCAGCUUGUAGAACAGCUAUAUCUGAAUUAACAGUUGUGUUUCUGUGAGCUUUGCAAGAAGCCUCCACGCAACACGGCAUUUCUGGUUUCGAAUGCUCUGUCCAUGAUGAGAAGUAGGCCGAGUAUUUAUUUUCUUAUGGCAGCUAUUUCCCUCUCUGCAGAUGAAAUUAUUCAGUGGACUUAAUUAGGUAGGGAAACGCACUGUGGCAUCAAGGUAUUCUCUUCUGUGUGCUCUGCCUGUGACUGGGCCCUCAAAGAGGGAGGGAGCACCAGGAGAGAGAAGGAAAUGCUUCCACUAGUUCAUCAAGCACUCUUGGGUGCUUUGCAUACACACACAGAGUCCCCACAGCAAAACAGUAGGGUGGAUGCUUUUAAUUUCCAUAUCAUCGAAUAUCUCGUGUUUUGCAUCAUCCUAAAUAACUGAUUCCCAAUUGGGACAACGAUGUGCAAGACCAAAAUAAAUAAAUAAAUAAAUAAAUAAAUAAAUAAAUAAAUAAAUAAAUAAAUAACAAUGAAGCUUCUCAGGUAGGGGUGGCAGGUGGGGUGGGGGGACACUUUAGUGGCAUGGGUCUGGCCCAGGAGAUGACAGCAGAGCUCUCUGGCUGUGACCUUUAAGAAAGCUCUCUCACUGGGUCUGAGUCAGCUGGCAUACGCCCCUUGACUCCCUGCAUCCAACCUUCCUCCCUAGAUCUCAAACUCUCUGUAGCUGCAAGUCCUGCAACCAUCCAGAGAGAGAGGGAAUCAAGGACACCCCUUACAAGGGACGUCAGAAAAGUAGGAAAAAGGACAGCCCUGGAUGGCCUAUCUCCGGACUUCUUCUGCAUGAGUGAAAUAAAUGAUUUGUCAACUGAACAGCAAGCGGGAAACACAGUCCAGUAAGGAAACAGGGAUGUGCUGAUGAGUCCAGCUCGUACUUGUACUUGACAUUUGAUGGAGUGGGUCUCUGUGGAAAGCACAUAUUUUCUGGGGACUUGAGGAAAUGCCACAAUUUUGUAAAACAAACACAAGAGACUUACUUUGGGCCUGGAAAUCCCUGUGAGACACUGUGGCUGAGUGACCUUGAUAAGAAAAAUGGACCAGGACUGCUGUGGGGCUGCCUUGUAUCUCCUUCCUCCCCCUCUCCUGGAAUCACAUCAAUAGGACUUUCACUAGGACAAGCGGCUGAAACCCAUGGAAACUCAGACUCAGGCAAGCCUGCACUGCCCAGCUUGGGAAAAAAGCAAAACUCUGCUAAUACUCAGCUCAGAUCCCCAGGGAGACCAAACUGCAUCAAUUUAUUCAAGUGGACUCUAAAGACACCAAGAAAUCUAGAUCCUUGCUUUAGAUAUUUGUAUUGAACUACUUCUGAGUUGGCCAGGAUACAUGUGAAGUCCAUUUUCUGGGCCUAAAUAAUGAGGCACUAAAUUCUACUGGGUUUAAAUUAUUCUAUGAGUUCCAUCCAUGACAAACACUGAUUCUUCUGUUUUGAGUGUUCUGUAAGCAUGUGUAUAAGCCCUUCUGUAUGUUUUUUGUUUGUUUGUUUUUAUUUUAUUUUAUUUGUUGUUGUUGUUGUUUUUAUUUUUUAAGGUAAGCGUCACCUGUGGACUCCCAGAAACCACCCCUAUACACCCUUGGUACCUAUAAAUCACAGAGCCCUCCCUCAAUUCUAAA